CCAGGAACGUGAGGUGCAGGAUCCCGGCCUUACACCUGCUCUCCGUACCCCCCUUCUCAGACCAGGGCCCGGCCAUGCUGCUGCCCGCCAUCCCCAGCAUCAUCUCCUCCAGCAGACAAAAGCGCUCAGUGAGCCAACAGCGUUCCCGCUCUGCAUUUCUGCUCCAUGUCACCAUUCCACAUCCCUGCUCCCCGCAGUGGGGUUUUGCCCCCGACCCCAUUCUCCGCCAGCCCUUCUGUACUCUGGCCGUUUCCCUAGCUGGCAGCAGCUGUGUGACGGCGCUGGGAGGAGAGUGUUUAUCUUCUCCCUGCAAAACGUGGUUAAGCUGUUAUGCUUUCCUUUGGGGAGGGCUGAGCAACAGAACCGCGCAACUCUCACGUGACACGAGACAAGGCUGCAACUGCAUUUCUUCCCCGGAGUAAUUCCGUAAUUAAUUGAUCGUGACACAAAAUCUGUUACACUGAAUAGGUCUGGUUUUGUUUUGCUUUUCCCACUCUUUUUUUCUUCUACAAUACAUGUUUUUUCAGCUGAUGAGGAGUGCAAAGCAGGGCUUUCAGCCAACUGCAGGCAAACCUUGUUUAGCGAGGCAGCACUUAGCGAAGCUGCACAGUGUUUUCCCAGCCUUGCAGAUACUCUCAGUGUAGUUUUUGCAAGAUGCAAGUGUGAUCACAAUUCCCCUUCCAGCAGAACUCUCGCCCAGACUCCUCAUCCAACUGCAGCAUCUCCGUUUUGCUCACAUUUCUUUGCCUUCUCCCUUCCUUGCUUCUCAACCUGAAGUUGUAAAGGUUAUUUUCUUGCUGCUGGGAAGGCAGACGUGCUGGGUGUUUGCUUCUGAUUGCAAAGUGAAGCACAGAUGGAUGUCACCUGCUGGCUCACUGAUGGUUAUUCUGGGAUGACUUUCUGGAGCUCCAUGGAAAGGUUUCCACAUCUGGUCCUUAAAAUUUGGAAAUAGUAAAUCUCCUUUCUCAGGAGAGAAAGGACAAUGAAGAUAUGCCUGGGUUUGCUAUGGGCCACCAGCUGGUGGUCAGAUGGGAGCCAUUUGCCACUUCUGGGUCAUCAGGUCUGUCUGAGCUUCGUACUUUGCUGAAGAAGAUGAAUAAUGUUUGCAUCCUGCUGCUCUUCCAUGCCUGAACAUGGAGCAAAGGCCUGAAAACCACCAGGGACUGUUGAUUAGUCUCCUGUUCGUGCUCACUCCUUUCAUUUCCUGAGAGAAAAAGGGGCUGGGGACCAAGGCUUGACCUCAUGGAAACCCCUCUGUCAGAGCCAGGUGUCCCCAGCACUGUGACAAGGGCAAGAGCUGAAGUCCACGAGCAGCAUAUUUAAGAAAAUACAUUUUUAAGCACCACCCCCUGUCAUUACUAUUCAACUUGCCUUAAAACCUGCUUGCUUUCCUCACAUUCUUUGGCUUGGAUGAAAAAAUAGUGAAGGAUUGCCAGGUCUUCUCAUGUAUUUCCCAUUUUGUCUUCCAGCGGAAUCGAAUCCCUCUCUGCAGAUGAGCACGAAUUGGAGACCUCUUGUGAGGAGAGCACAGGCUGUGCGGAGGAGCUGCCAGCAGGAGAGGGCAGCUCCGGCAGUGGCUCUGGCAGCCCCAGCAGCAGCUCCAGCAGCAGCUCAGAAGAUGACUCAGAUACAGAGGAGUCGGACACAAGGCAGUCAGGUGAGUGUGCUGCUCUUUCUUUCCCAUAUCCGCUCUGGGAGACGUCUGGGAGCCGAUAGGGAUGAGGGCUUUGCUCCAGGAUGCACGAGGGCAUGCAGCAGUGAUGGGUGCCGGCACAGCCGGUGACCUCUGCCCCUCAGGGCACAAAGACUUGCAGAGAGCACUGUUGUGCAGGCAGAGCGCAUGCGUGGUACGAAUGGAUGCGUGUAGAACACUGGUAAUUAAUUAACAGCGCUGCCAGCGUGAGCCUGUGCUGCUCAGCCCUGCUUCCUCUCUUGCACAGCACUCAGAGCAAUCCCAGCUGCUGCUCCAUGCCCAAAAUAGCAUUGCUCCAGGCUGGGAUCCAGCUCACUGGUGUUUCCAUGAUAUUUUCCAGGCACUUCCCAUAGAUAACAAUGGAUUGUCCACCUCUGUCCCAUCUGCCUACCUGGGAGGUGCUGAUAUAGCAGGCUGGUUGGGCAGCCUUUCUGCAGGGACCACAUUUGCUGGGUGCUGUUUGUAUUUCAUAAUGCCUCAUGGCAGGAGCUGUGCCCGUUAGUUUUGCACAAUUCAACCCUUCAGGCCAAAAACUUUUCCCCUGUAUCUCCGCUCUGCUUGCUUACUUUUGUGUUGGGGUUUGCUGAGUGUGCUGCUGUAGCAUGGCUCCCUUCUCACUGAGGUGGUGCACAGCUUCCAUUCAGUGUUUGGAGUUGGUGCUGGGCAUGGUGAUACCAUCCUGGGGAUGGGUCCUCCCCCACCCUGAAAAAUUCCCAGUACUGUGGGCAAGUUGUGAGAGUGAUGAGCUUUCAACAAAUCCUGUAUCCAGGUGCCCAGCUUCAUGCCCAGGCUGUGUGGAGCUGCACAGAACUGAAGCCUUGAGAAUACUCUCCUUAGUAUUCCUUUGUUAAAGCAGGGGAAUGGAAUGGGUGGGCUGUCCAUGCAGAGUGUGCUGCCUGCAGGCUAUGGGAUGUAUUUGCUGCACAGUGCACCGCUGCACAGCCCCGUGGGCAGAAGCAGUGCAAACACGGCAAAUCCCAUAAAGCUGGGAUGGGCAGAGCCUGGAGCAGAGACAGCCAUCCCCAUUCUGUCCUCAUUGUCCUUUCCCUUGUGUAAAAGCCACGGGUGGCCCUUCUCAGUGAGAUCUUUUGCUAUUAACAAGUAUUAACGAGAAGUUUUAACACUUCUUUAUGCAGAUGAAGAGCAAGAAAAGAAAGAAUCGCAGCCAGUUUGCAGUGAAUCAGAUGGAGCGGACUGUCUGCCCCACUGUGAGCACUGCAGAAAGGAAAAUGCCCAGAGGGAGCAAGUGACCCCUAGGAAGCUUUCUGGAGGACAAUAUUUGAUGAAGCUGGAUGCAGAAGGCACAUACGAGUGCAGUGUCACCGGUCUGAUUUUUGAGGUGAACAAGGCGGUCACCAUCAACUACUCCCUGCUGUCCUGGAGCAAAUACGCCGGGCUGGUAAAGGCGCCGUGGGUGGUAGGCGGCCCGCUGUUCAACGUGCGCUGCGAGGCGCCCUCCGCCCUCACCUCCAUCGCCUUCCCACACUCCCUCUGCCUCGGCGAUGGUGGCUCCCAGCCGGCCUUCAAGGUGCUGCACAUCAAGGGUGCAGGUGUGGCCAUGGAGCCGUCCACGGACUUCUCGGCCUCACAUGUGCGGUGGCUGGUCAGCUCGCUGUCCCCCGUCGGGCCGCUCAUCCGCAGUGAGGAGCCCCUGCUGUACCACGGAGCUGUCAUCCUCUACAAGGCCAUCGAUGACGACCCCUCCUUGCUGUUCCGGGUCUACGUGGCGACGAACAACGACUCCUUCAUCAAGGAUAUAUCAAGAGCAGUAAAACAUUCCAAAAAGAAAUUCAUUAAAAUUGACAAGCCCCCUGUGUGCCAGAAAUUAUUACAGAACGGAAAGAGAUACAGAUUAAUUUGUGAACCAGAAGCUGAAAUAACUCCAGAGGAAAUUGAAUUUGUUGAUGGAUCUCUUUUGAAGCUGAAAAGUUACAUUGAAGUCUAUUUUGAGAAACCUGAUGACUUCACCUUAUCUUUGGUUGAACUGGACUCGGAUGCAGUUGUGUGGAAAGCAAAACUCAGAGAAAGUGACUGGAUACAUUACGAUCAGAACAAAAAUGAGCAAACAAGAGUUCCAAGCAGCGUCAAAAGGCGGAAAUCAACCAACAGCUUUUCUGAAGAAGAGAAACACUGUAGCAAAAAGCAAAGGUCUAACAGUUAUACAGAUGGAAUUAAAAGCAGAAGCUUGCUAACUGAUCGACAGCUGAUGGUAAUUGCAAAGUUGUUUGGCGUGGAGUGGAAAGAAAUUGCCAUUGAAUGUCUUCAGAUGGAAAUGAAAGACAUUCAGCAGAUUCAAGCAAACGAAGAGGCAGUCAACAUCCAGAAAUUUCUGAUGUUAAGCAAGUGGAGAGAAAGAGAGCAAAGCAAUGGAACUGCACAAGCCUUGUGCAAUAGGCUCCGUGAAAAAGUGUCAUAUGAAAUAGUGCAGGCACUAGAAGGCUUUUUGGCUGAGUGAUGAGUUGGAGAAGCUGAUGAGAAGCUCAGGAACUUUCCCCACCCAAAUGGUUAAACUUUUCAAGCUAUUUUCCUGGGAUUUCAUUGUGAUGAAGAUCCAAAUCGUAAUCAGUCAGCGGAAAGUUUAGAGUGUCUUCAAAAGAAAUGUGAAUGAAAUUUUGCACCUACGUAAGUGUAAGUAGCAUUUUGGGAAUCAUUACUCACAAGUUUGGAUACCAGUCAUUGCAGCUGGAUGGAAGUGCCAGGCUUGAUGUGCCCAAAACUGAAAGCUGCCACUGAAUCUUGUCGUGUUUGAGCCAGUCGUAAAAGACAACGAGCACUGGGAGAAAUGGGUUUACCUUUGUCAGGUAUAUGACUGUUAUCUUGAAACAUUUUUAUUUGAAUCAGGGAAAGACAAGGGAGAAAAGUUGUAUCAAAACUUUCAUCCCCUUAAAAUAAUGAAACUCACAAUCAUGAGGUACAUUGUAUUGCUCAGAGGUGCCUAGGAUCAGGGACAAACUCCUUCAAUUCCUUUGCAGAAUCACUGUUUAUACACAACCACUGUACGUAUCCCCAUGCACUCAUGUUGAGCUGUGGUUCUGUUUUCUUAAACCCGAAGACUUUCACAGUAGCACCAUUAAGAACUGCAGGCAGCUUUGAAUCUUCUGUGGGAUUUUCUUCUCUCUGUACAGUCUGUCUCAAUUUUUAUGAGAUUUUUUUUUAUGUUGUAUGAUUAUUUUUUUUUGUACUAUGAACUUUUUAUACUUUUUUUUACGUGAUUCAUUUUAACUUGAAUAUAAGGGGGGGCUUAAGCUAAAAUAGAGAAAAUCAGAGUCUCCAAGAUGGUUGUUAUCCUGAGGGCAGGACCUGUUGCACACAGUUGUGAAAGAUAUGAAAAUAAUGUUACUUGCUAAACAGAAUGAUGGCCAGACAGUGUCCUGUUUGCAGACGUGAUUCUUUUCAUCAUCUCCUGCUGUGUAUGUUUAUGGAAAAACAAACAAACAAACAUACUUUUAAAUAUAAGGAUUAAAAAGAGAACAUUUUGGCUAUUUA